GUGGCAGUUGUUUGCGUCUCUCAUUCCGUCACCUGAGAGAGAGAGAGAGAGAGAGAAGAAAAGUUAGGGAAGGGAAUGAAUGAUCGAGUUGUGAAAUCAGAAUAGUGAAAAGGGGAGGCAGAUGAAGGAGGCGGGGCGCGACGAGGGAGGUGGGGAUGCGGGGUUUGUGAGGGCGGAUAAAGUAGAUCUGAAGAGUCUGGACGAGCAGCUUCAGAGGCAUCUCACCCGAGCAUUGACUAUGGAGAAGAAUAAGAAGAAGAGCGGAGAAGAAGAAGAAGAAGAGCUUCAUCACAAUGGGGAUAGGGAGAUCCCCAUUCGCCACGACUGGGAAAUUGAUCCUUCCAAGCUCCUCAUCAAGAGCGUCAUUUCUCGUGGCACCUUCGGCACCGUUCAUCGUGGCAUCUACGAUGGCCUAGAUGUGGCAGUGAAACUUCUUGAUUGGGGAGAAGAGGGCCAAAGGUUGGAGGCUGAAAUAGCUUCUCUUAGAAUGGCAUUUUCUCAAGAAGUUUCUGUGUGGCACAAGCUCGACCAUCCUAAUGUGACUAAGUUCAUAGGAGCAACAAUGGGCACAACAGAGCUCAACAUACAGACUGACAAUGGUCAGAUUGGCAUGCCACGAAAUGUUUGCUGUGUUGUUGUUGAAUAUCUUCCUGGGGGUACUCUCAAAUCGUUCCUUAUAAAGAACCGGAGAAGGAAAUUGCCUUUUAAAGUUGUUGUCCAGCUUGCGCUGGAUCUUGCGCGAGGGUUAAGCUAUCUUCAUUCCAAAAAGAUUGUCCACAGAGAUGUGAAAACAGAAAACAUGCUUCUUGAUAGGCAUCGUACUGUAAAAAUAGCUGAUUUUGGUGUUGCUCGUGUUGAAGCUUCAAAUCCAAAUGACAUGACUGGGGAGACAGGAACUCUUGGAUACAUGGCACCCGAGGUUCUUAAUGGGAAUCCAUAUAACCGGAAAUGCGAUGUGUAUAGCUUUGGCAUUUGCCUGUGGGAGAUAUAUUGCUGUGACAUGCCAUAUCCAGACCUCAGCUUUUCUGAAGUGACAUCAGCUGUUGUUCGCCAGAAUCUGAGGCCAGAUAUACCCCGUUGCUGCCCAAGCUCGUUUGGAAAUGUAAUGAAACGAUGUUGGGAUGCCAAUCCUGACAAGCGGCCUGAGAUGGAUGAAGUGGUGUCCAUGUUGGAAGUAAUUGACACUUCGAAGGGUGGUGGUAUGAUCCCUCUUGAUCAGCCUCAGGGUUGCUUCUGCUUUCGGAGGUACCGUGGUCCUUGAGAAAACUAGCUUGGCCUGACUAUGCUUUAGUUAAAUUUGUGUUUCUAAGCCUGGGUGGUAGUUAAUCUGAAAAGAAAAGAAAAAAAAAAAGAUUUACCAAGUUAAGUAGUGUCGUAAAACUCUAGCUGUAGGUCAAGUAGAAGGUCUGCAGUAAAUGCACCUCUAUCAUAUCAUCGUGCUGCACAACCCUGAUUCCAUUUCUUUCUGUAAUCGAUCUUCAUCAAGGCACGAUUGCUGAGCAUCGUGUGCAGGACCUCCUCCAAUCACUAACAAGACGAGAGUAGCUUUGGUUUUUGAAAAGGCUGCCGUUUAGUUUAGGUGAAAUGAUUAAACAUUUGGGGUGAGGAUUUGAUGCCUUUUGCUCCGAUCCAUAACAUUAGUAUGUUGCAACACAUUCAGUCUUUAAUAUUUGAUGAUAAAAUCCUUUGCAGCUGAUUGCCUUUUUCUUUCA